GACAUCUUUGUUCGUCCUUUCUUGAUUAAGGCCACAGACUGCCAUUGGCGCAUCUCCACAGCCACACGCCCUUUCGCGUCCACGGACAAAGAACUCGACCACUCUGCCUGUCUUGGACCGUCUUGCUGCCUCAUAUAAAUGCUCGAGUCCUGAUAUACCGCUAAUCAGCUCCAAGGAUACUUGCACUGUCAAGAUGGCGGCGCCGGCGGACGGAUCGACAGUGGAUGAUUAUUACCACUCCUCAGUUGAUAUAGCGACCAACUAUAUCAACAGACGGUACGACAGUCAGGGAGAAGUGGCCCUCCCGGGCGAAAAGCAGCUUACAUAUUGGGCGAAAUGUGAGGCGAUUCUAUACGAAGACAGCGCAGUGGGUACGGUUCGGAUAGAUGAGACCAGAUGGCCGGAUUCCGCUCGGCCGCACAAUUUCACGCUCACCUUCCGAAGGAUUCCAGCUAGAAACGGAGGCUUCAAGGACGAAAGAUUUGUUCGAUGGGUGCGAGAUGAAAAUGUCAAGGUCCCCCAAUCGAACAAAUAUUCCAACAGGAAGAAGACGUACAAGUUCAAUAUAGGGAUGACAAAGAAGGGCAAUAUGCAGAAUAUCUACAUACAGAGGGUCGCGCCUGCCGCGAUGCGUCAUAAACCUCAGCGCGCUGAACACAUCAGGAUCUGGAAUACCACCGAUGCCCAGCGGCUUUAUGACGAUAUCCUAUUGGGUAAAAAUGACAUACUUCCGUGUCCGCCGCGCAUUCGUCGAGAGCUGAAGCUCUGGGCCACAAUACGGGUGGAGAAUUACCAUAAGCCACUCGACCCGACUGCAGAGUCGCCUCUCGAACGUAUUGUAUCAGUGAGCGCCGAAAGAGUCGACGGCGACAUACAGGCUGGAGGACAGGAUGGUAGUGCUAAUGAAAAUAAUGGCGAGAUUGAUAGAUUUAUUUCCGCGGCUUACAAGGAGUCACUCCAGGAUUUCGACAACGAGGGUCGUCUCUCAAUGCAAAUACGAAGGGACCCUGGCAUUAUGGACAAAGCAGGCUGGGUUGUGGCGCCUCCAGGUCCCGUUAAGUAUUGCCUCUGUCGCAGAUACCGUUCCCAAACCAAAUCUGGAAGUCGAAGGGAGUUGCUUGUCGGUGACGCGGGUGCGGAAACAAUUGAUGACAGUGAGGUAGAAGACAAUGGCGCCGAAGAUGAGUCUACCGAAAAAGGAGGCAAAACCAUCAAAGCAAGUGUGGCUAAGUCAAAGAGCAACGGAGGGACCGAGAAAAUGCCAAAUUGGGUGGAAGAGGAGGAGCUCUAUGCCGACCGUGAAAGCGAGGUCGAAGAUGACGCUGUCUGCUAUCUUUGGGACCUCCGUGCGGAUCAAUGGUAUCUGGUUAUGCAACGGAAAGUCAACCUAUCGCUCCAUGCACGCCAGCAUAUGGCGAUGAAAUUUCCUGUUGAGGGUGAACGACAGUCCUGGAUUUUUACGAGAUUUGAAGAGAAAAGUGAAUCGGCCGUCGGUGUAUCAGUUGUUUUGCGAACAGAUCGACAAGAUAAUAUAACAGACCAUGUCGCCGUCAAACGAUUAACAAGAAUGGAUAAUGAGCUGAAGAACGACUCUAAGGGGUUUUCGCUCGAACCUCGAGAGCUCUACCUCUGCCGACGGCUUAUGAGAUUGGAAUCAAGAUCGAAUUUCGUGGAGUUGAGGCAUGAUUCUUAUCACCAUUCUAGCCGAACUCCUUACUCUCUGUAUUUCGAAUUGGCGCCUUAUGGCGACCUAUCAAGGCAUAUGACGACGCCACGGCGUCGGCUCCCUGAGUUAUUCCUUUGGACUGUGUUCAAAGGUAUUACGGACACUUGCUAUUAUAUGCAGCAUGAUUCAGGGCUGGACAAAGGCGAAGCUUAUGUGCAUAUUGAUGUAAAGCCCGAAAAUGUUUUCCUCUUCCAAACACCCCAGUCAUCGAGGGGUCCAUAUGCUGCACAUGCGAAGCUGGGAGACUACGGUCUCUACUGCCACCUCAAUCGCGAGCGCCUUGAAUAUCAAGUUGGCACUGAAGGCUCCCGUGCGCCGGAGCAGCUGAUCGACGACGACCAGGUGAAGGUGGCGGAGGACGGCCAGCGGCCAAAGGCGAUCAGCACAGACGUGUUUGGGAUUGGUAUGAUCAUGUACCGCGCGAUGUACAGAUGCUCCGACUCGACUGAGCAAGUUACGGAUCCCCCAGGGCCGUUUGGUGGGUGUGGUGCACGCGGGAAGCGAGACGAAGAGUGCGCGCAAACCUACUCGUAUGGCCUGCAUCAGCUUGUCGAAGGAUGUCUACACAGGGAACAGAACAAGAGGUACACAAUUGCGCGGCUGAAGGAGCUAGUCGACCAGGGCAUACAGGCGUACGAUGAAUACCACGGCCGUCUCUUGCAACAGGACCGGCAGGCUGCCAGCGCCAGCCUUCCGGAUUUCAUGCGCGUGGCCUUCUGGGAUUCCCCUUAUCUCUUAGGACGCAAAUUUCGGAGGGCGGAGGCGGAAGAGGAGGUGGAAGAUGAUGACGAUGAUGAGCAAACUGACGAAACUGAGGAGGAGCCAGAUGAUGAACAUGAUGAGCAAACCGACAAAACUGACGGUCUUAAUACCUCCCGGUCCUGAGAUGGACCUUCCCCCGCGAAAGCGAAGAAAGAUUGAGGUUGACGGAAGGGAUGUGCAACGGCCUCCGACGACUCAUGGAAAAAGGAUACACUCGCGGCCGCACAAGUAGCCUUUCAGUAGGGAACAUGCUUUUCCCAAAUGAUACUGAGUCUAGAACAGAACAACGGCGUUAGAACGACGGCGUAAGAUAGAGGGACACCAUUUGGUAAUCUGGGCGGAGAUUGGCAAGGG